AAGAGCUCGAUUGUAUAAAAAUUAAAACUAUUUCUUACUACAAAUCAGUACAAUUAAAACUGUAUGUAAGAAAAUGUAAAAUAAUAUCCUGUUUGAAUAAUAGAUGUAGCGGAACCUGCAGAAAAAAUAAAACUAUUUCAUACCAUUGUUUAAAAUAUCACUUUCACCUCUUAGAUGAUGGAAAACUGAUUGUUCAGUGUAGUCUUUUCUGGCCUGAGUAAAGGUCGCAUGGUUUGAUACAUAGUAAUGAAGAUAUUCGUUUGUUUUGCCCUGAUGCUGCUAUUGGUGGAAGCCAACGAGGACUGGUGGCAGACUAGCCUAAUGUACCGGGUAUACUUGCGGUCGUUCAAAGAUUCUGACGGCGAUGGGGUCGGUGACCUUACGGGACUGUCAAUGAAACUGGAUUACCUGAAGGAGUUAGCAGUGGAUGCGAUCAUCCUUUCCCCUAUUUACAAGUCCCCUUUACGGGACUUCGGCUUUGACGUAUCAGAUUAUUACUCCGUCAACCCAGAAUAUGGAACCAUGGAGGAUAUGGAGAAUCUCAUCAAGAAAGCUAACAAUUUAAAGUUAAAGAUUAUUCUGGAUCUGGUUCCCAAUCACACGAGCAACGAGAGUGAGUGGUUCACGAAGUCUCUGUUCAAGGACGAGUACUAUGACCACUGGUACAUUUGGGAAAAUGGCCACAUCGACGAAAACGGCCAGAAUCAACCUCCUAAUAAUUGGAUCAGUGUGUUUGGGAAAAGCGCUUGGACAUACGCCCCCACAAGGAACCAGUUCUACCUCCACCAGUUCGGGACAGCUCAACCAGAUCUGAACAUGAGGAAUCCAGUGGUUGUUGAUGAAAUAAGGAACAUAAUGAAAUUCUGGCUCGAAAAAGGGAUAGCAGGAUUCUCCAUCUCUUCCUUCAACCACAUAUUUGAAGUGGACAAGGACCUGUUCGGCGGAGCGUACCCUGACGAGCCAAUCAGAAGCCUCGCUGGCGUUGGCCCCGGACACUACGAAUAUUUGGAACACAUUUAUACUACAGACCUGAGAGAUACGUACCAAUUGCUAUCUCAGUUGAGAGGUGUCGUGGACGCAAUCUCCAUCAGAGAUAAUGUGACAAGGUUACUGAUAACAGAAGCCAGGACAAGCAUCAAGAACACAAUGAGGUACUACGGAGACAACCAGCGUAGAGGGGCCCACGUCCCAGUCAACUUUGUACUGAUCGAGGAGUUCAACAAAACUGGUGACGCCAGAGACUUGAAAUACGCCAUCGAUCACUGGCUAACCUACAAACCUAUCAAGAAACAGGCAAAUUGGAUGACAGGAAACCACGACACGAGCCGAGUGGCGACGCGGUUCAGCGAGGACAUGGUGGACGCCUUCAACAUGAUGGUUCUGCUGCUACCCGGCGUCGGUAUCACCUACAUGGGAGAAGAACUGGGUAUGACUGAUGGACAAGUCUCCUGGUCCAACACCCGCGACCCCCUGGCUUGCAGAACAGAUGAUCCGGUCAACUACAUGAAAGUGUCCAGAGAUCCUGCACGAACUCCUUUCCAGUGGGAUAAUACAGCUCAUGCAGGAUUCUCAUCCAGCACUCCCUGGCUGCCCGUAGCCGACAGCUACACGUCAGCCAACGUGCGGCAGCAGGGCGCGGCCGACCGCUCGCACCUCUCCGUCUACAAGAAGCUGGCUCAGCUGCGCAAGCGAUCGGCGUUCAGAUACGGACACUUCGACUCGAAAGUCUUGCAUCCUCAUGUGUUUGCUUUCAAACGGUAUUACAACGACGCCACAUACGUGGUGGUGGUAAACCUGGGCCGGCUGCCUCACGUCGUGUCCCUGGACUCCUUCGACAUGGUGUUCGGAGCCCUGGAGGUGGAGCUCAGCAGCCACGGCUCAGGACGGGUUUAUGGAGACAUCGUGGCGGCCAAUCAUCUUGAAGUGGCGCCUGAAGAAGCGAUCGUUCUUCGGAUGACUGUAUAAAAUAAUUAUACUUAAGUGUGUUAGUUAGUUUUUUUAUAUAAAAAAGAUAAGGAAUAAAAUAUGGCUCGUAUAGAAAUAAUAGUCGCCAUUGUCAGAAUAAAUUAAAAUAGUAAAAAUUUUAUUUUGUAUUUUAAUUACAGUAAAUUAUGAAAUAUACAUUUAUAACAUUAUACUCUGCACGGAGCGUAAGUGCUUUAUAUCUGAAAUCAAAUCAGUAGUUCUAA